AUGACAACCACCCACAAAACCUGGACAAAACCCCCCUACCUCAUCUCCACCGACCCCUCGCCAAUCCCCCUCUCCACGCUCAACACCUGGUUCGCCUCCGAAGAGCUCUACUGGGCCAAGCCGCUCCCCGAAGAAACCCUCUCGGCCAUCCUCCACAACUCCCUCUGCUUCGGCCUCUACAAAACCACCACCACCAUCGCCGCCCAACCCGAACCCGAAUUCAUCGGUCUCGCCCGCUGCAUCACAGACCACUACACCUUCGCCUACCUCACCGACGUCUACGUGCUGAGCGCAUACCAGGGCCAGGGGCUGGGCACGUGGCUGGUGGAGUGUGUGGGCGCGACGCUGGACGCGAUGCCGGAUCUGCGGCGGAGCAUGCUCCUGACGAUGGAUUGGGAGCGGUCGGUGCCGUUCUAUGAGAAGGUGUUGGGGAUGAAUGUGGUGGAGAGUCGGCUGGGGGAGGAUGGACGGAGGGAAGGGGCGGCGGUGAUGUCGCGGAGGGGGAGGGGGAGUACGAGCUGGGUGCCUUGA